AUGACGAAUAAAACACCAGAAGCUGCUUCUGCAGCAGCAACAGCAGCAACAGCAGCAUCAUCAGCAGCAGCAGCAACACCAGUAGCAGACGGAGCAGCCCCAUCAUGUGACCCCUCAAUAGAAUCGUCAAAUCAUGGUGUAUGUGAAUCUGGUGUAUCUGGAUCAUUAGGAGUAUCAGGUGUAUCAGGAGAAUCAAUAGAAGGUACAAUUCCUUCGAAUUUCUUAGCCCAAAUUAUGCAAAAUGACCUAGCUACAGGAAAAUGUAAAGAAAUUGUUACACGAUUCCCGCCUGAGCCAAAUGGAUUUCUUCAUUUAGGCCACGCCAAAUCAAUUUGUAUUAAUUUUGGGUUGGCGAAAAUAUUCAAUGGAAAAUGUCAUAUGAGGUUUGAUGACACCAAUCCAACUAAGGAAGAAACUAGGAUGAGGGAUGGAGUGUAUGAAGAAGGACAAUGUGUAUUAAGAGCAAAGAUAGACAUGGCACAUAAGAAUGUUAUCAUGAGGGAUCCAAUUAUGUAUCGUAUCCUUAAGAAGGAACACCCAAGAACAGGCUCUGAUUUUCUUCUCUAUAUUGAUUCAUGUAUGGAUGUGAAGUUAUUAUCAUUAGUAGAGGAGAAGAUAGUAGAUGGAUGGGACGAUCCUCGUCUUCCUACAUUAUCUGCACUAAGACGACGGGGUGUACCUGCAGCUGCUAUUAAAGAAUUCUGUGAUCGUGUUGGGGUAGCAAGAAGGAAUUCUGUUAUUCAAUUAGAAUUAUUUGAGAGGUGUAUAAGGGAGUAUGUAGAUGAGCGUGCUCCUCGUAGAUUUGCCAUAAAAGAACCAUUAUUAAUUAAAUUAAUUAAUUAUAAGGAAGAAGAAGGAAAAGAAGAAAUAUUAAAUAUACCUAAUGACCCGAAAAAACCUGAGGCAGGAUGUAGACAGCUAGCAUUUACAAAAGAAUUAUAUAUAGAUGCAGAAGAUUUUAUGGAGAAUCCGCCAAAAAACUUUUAUAGACUUUCCCCAGGAAAAGAAGUUCGUCUUAGAUCUGCUUAUUGGAUUAAAUGCGAACAGGUAGAGAAGGAUGCGAAUGGGAAGAUAACAGCCCUGAUUUGUACCUACGAUCCCCAAACCCUAAAUUGUUCUUCUGCCCCUGAUGGCAGAAAAGUUAAGGGAACUAUUCAUUGGCUACCUGCUAAAUACGCUGUUCCAGGUUCCAUACUUAGUGUCCAGUCAAUAUUUCAGAAGUAG